CCCGUGUGUGUGGAACACAAACGUCAAGGUGAUUGCUGCAACGCUGCGCGUUGAUUGGCCAAGUUAACAGCCAGACCAAGAUUUUACACACAACAGGCAAGUCGCACAGUUCUAGGUUGACAAGGCGAGUUUGCCGGAUCCGUCCGCCCUGUGCCGACGUAACUGUGGAUUAGAUGGCGGCCAUACGGAAGAAAUUGGUUAUCGUGGGUGACGGUGCAUGUGGGAAGACCUGUCUCUUGAUUGUAUUUAGUAAGGACCAAUUUCCCGAAGUCUAUGUUCCGACGGUGUUCGAAAAUUACGUUGCCGACAUCGAGGUUGACGGAAAGCAGGUUGAGUUGGCUCUCUGGGACACCGCUGGUCAGGAGGAUUAUGACCGACUUCGUCCACUCUCCUAUCCGGACACAGACGUUAUCCUGAUGUGCUUCUCGAUCGACAGCACGGACAGUCGUGACAACAUUGUGGAAAAGUGGUAUUCCGAAGUGAAGCAUUUUUGCCCCAAUGUACCCAUUAUUCUUGUCGGCAACAAGAAAGAUUUGCGUAAUGAUGAACGAGCCCGCCACGAGUUGGCCAAGAUGCGUCAAGAAAUGGUGAAACCAGAAGAAGGUAGAAUGUUAGCUGAACAGAUAAGUGCCUAUGCUUAUUUGGAAUGCUCAGCGAAAACCAAGGAAGGUGUUCGAGAGGUUUUUGAAACUGCCACCCGGGCUGCUCUUUCAACCAAACGCAAAGGAAAGAAAGUCUGUGACUUAUUGUAGGUUCCUAUAUACUCAUUUCCAUGGUCCCCCUCCCCGCUACUUUGCGUGGAGACAUUCACUUCAAACUUGUUUGUAUCGCUUCUCUAUGGCAGUCGGAUAAACAGACGGAGAUAUACACACCUGUAAACCCCGUCGGUGGUAAAAGCUCACACAUUCGAUUUGAUUUUUCCACACUGUCUUUUUCUCCCCUUCCCUGUGAUGGGCUUCGAUGGCCCACCAGUCACGUGUUUUUUCCAAUUUUUCCCCAUCUCGGGGAUCCAUCAUGUUACUAUAUCCACAGGACUUUUCCGGUCUCCAUUGGAUAAUUUUACCUGCAGUUGCUGUGACCUACGACAGACGUUCCACGACUAUCAAUUGCAAUGCUUGUGGUCCUGCAUCCCUGUGCGUAAAUUUACCGUAUUUUUUCGUUUGAUCCUUUCUUAUUGCCACCUAAUCUUUCUCCAUCUAUCUGCCUGUCCAUCCGUGCAUUCACUGUUCAAACACAACCCUUGUGGGCCUCAUCGGGAUUAUUAUGAGGCGUUGCGAUGCUGACGCUGCUUUUAGCUUCCUGUAUCGUUGGCAUUUCUGUCUAGAGUAUAUCACCUGGUGUGUGUAUUUACCGGUCUGUUUGGUGUUUGCCGCGAUUCACUGCCAUCUCCGUUGUUUUUCGUUCGCUUCUAUCUCCGUCUUAGCAUUCCGAAUCGAGCAGAUCGACCUUGGUUUCGCAAAACUGCACAGGCCCCCUCGUACUUUUUUC